GGGUGGUGGGAGGAACCUUGUGCCCUCAUCCCUGCCAGCAGGCCUGCCCUCAGAUUCCGAGGGCAAGGCCAGCGGCGUAGCUGAGACUGGAAGCCCCCCCUCCACCUCUUCCCCCCUCUGUCCCCCUCUCUGCCUCCAUGGUCAGUCCCACCCCUGCCACCGUUGUCAGCGCCCCUUCAGUCCUAGAGCCCAAGGAGCCCUGUCUGCGCCCUGCCCAGCCCCUCCGCAGGCCCACCCCCCCUGCCCUGAACCAUCACCAGCUCCACCACCCUACCACCACCACCUACCACGACAUGCUGCCUGCCUUCAUGUGCCCCAAAGAGACUCGUGAUGCUCCUGGCACUGCUGAACACACUGGCCCUGUCACUGUGGUCGCCCCAGUUCGCUUUGACAACCGGCCCACCUUCAGACAGCCCUACCCCAACAUCAACCAAGAGCCUGUCAACGGUGAGGUUAGGAGAGAAGAAAACCGCUUCAUCCGUGGGCCCUCCCGCAACCUCUCCUCCAGACCCAUCCGUCGGCCCGGUGACAGACCCCCUCGUCCGGCCAUCAUCAACCCAGAGGACCUGAAGGAUCUGGACGAGCUGGACAAUGACUGUGAAGAUGGCUGGGCAGGUAUCCAUGAAGAAGUGGAUUAUGGCGAGAAACUCAAGUUCAGUGACGAUGAGGAGGAGCACGCCGAAAAGAACAAGAUGUGGGCUGAAUGGGAGAACCAGCGUCGCGAGCACCAGUUGUCGCUGAGCACAGGAGAGGGGGCGUACCCCCAGGAGGGCCCUGAGGAGGAGGCUUACCUGGCCUUCCAGGAGCAGAUGGCCCACAGGAAGACCAACAGCAGGUUCCCCUCUGGAGAACCACAGGCCCAGCAGAAGAGCUCCGUGCCUGGCAUGGCCCACCAGGGUGAACCCCUGGAUGACCAGGAGGAGCGCCAGGGCCCAGCCCGGGCCAAGUUUGUAUCACCGGAACUCUCUGAGGCAGUGGAGAGAGCUCGUCGGCGCAGGGAGGAGGAGGAGAGACGCGCCCGUGAGGAGAGACUUGCCGCCUGCGCCGAGAAGCUCAAGAGGCUAGACGAGAGGUUUGGGAAGACUGAGAGACAGUUGUCAAGGUCUGAGGAGGGAGUGAAGGAUGCAGAGAGCAAGGAGGCAGCACUGUCCCCUGGGAGAGAGAGCAAAAACCACCAGGAGAGCUGGCAAUAUGGUACGAAAGACACUGAGUGUCCCUUGGAGCACUCCCCCGGCCAGCAGGACUACAGGGAAGAGGGCACCUUGGGCUUCGCCCCCUACCGCAAUGAGGACGAUGGCGGGGCUGAUCCCACUUCUCCCCUGCCCGACUACACAAACCACCAGGCCUCCAAGCCCGUCCCGCCCCGCUUCCAAAAGCAGCAGCAGGACCAAGUGUAUAAAAUGCAGCACUGGCAGCAGCAGCAGUCUGGCCACCUCGCCCCCUCGGGCUCCAGCCACCCCCCGAGGGGGUACUACCCCCCACACAUGCUGGGCUUCGACCCCCGCUGGAUGAUGAUGCCCCCUUUCUUGGACCCCCGCAUGGCCCAGGGCCGCUCCCCCGUGGACUACUACCCCAAUGCUGUCCACUCUUCAGGAAUUAUGAAAUCGAGGAUGCAGCCAGACCAUCUGAACAGCCCAGGGUCCCCCUCUGACGAUGGCUGCCAUCCAAGCAUGCAUCAGGAGCGGAGGGCCCCCUCCACCGAGCCCUACCCCUUGUGGAACCAAGAUGGCUACCCCCCUCGCAGUUUCACCCCACCCUACCAGAGACAGCACGAGAGCUCAGACAGGAGCCAGCCAGACGACCGGUUUGACAGGACAUGCUCCCAGCAGGGCUUGUACGAAGAGAGUGGUAACGAAUGCCUAGACAACCCAUCUGGUGACCUCUCCCAUCAGGCCUACCACCAGAGCAAAGGUCCCGACAGGGAUCACCACCCGCACGACCAAGGCCUGCUCUCCUCAGCCCCGAGCCGGCCCCAGCAGCAGCAUGCAGACAGCGACUACCCCAAACAGGAGCCCAAAGACAGGUACCUGAAGGACGGCACUGAACCCUGUGACGAAGUCUUCGACACCUCCAAGGAAAAGUUUUUUGACUCAGACUUCCAUAGGCGAGAUGGAGGCCAGAGGAAGGAAGUUGGUGUUGGUGGUCAGAACCAGUGGUCUGAUCCUGACUCCAGCACCCCUGCCAGCAGUGUAAGCCAGCCCUCUGAGACUGGCGGUAGGACCCUGACCCGCAGGACCGGUCCCAUCAAGAAGCCUGUGCUAAAGGCCCUCAAAGUGGAGGACAAGGAGAACGAGAAGCCCAAAGUGGAGCCUGAGGAGAAGGUAGUCCCUUACCGCCUGGAAAAGGAGGUGCUCACCAACGUAUAUGACCUGAAGAAAGAUAACCAGCCCCUAGUAAGUAACAGACGAUCGGCCUCGCCUGCUAUUGAGAAGCAGCCAGAAGAGAAGCAACAACCACCAGUUCCUGCUAAAAUAGAGCGGCCAGCCAGUACCCACAGUGAGGAUUUGCCGAAGGAAAACAGCUGGGACAGCGGAAAGAGCCAGUCCUCCAGAGACAGCCAGGAGAGCAGGGAGCCUGGUGCACCACGACGCAACAACUGGAUCUUCAUCGAUGAGGAGCAGGCCUUUGCCGGAGCCAGGGGAACGGGUAGAGGUCGGAGCCGUGGCGGCUUCAAGGAGUUCAGUUCAAGAGGAGACCGUGGUGGCCGGGGAGGCCGAGAGAACCCCAGAGGAGGCUACAACAACAAUAUCAACAGCAGGGACGCUGCUGGAACCCAGAGACCAGGCAGAGGCAGAGGACUGCCCAGGGACUUUGUCAAGGUGGAGGACCUGCAGAGGGGGAAGCCGAGGAGGCGCAACGUCAGCGAGACUCUGAGCGAGACCUCAGAGUAUGAGGAGCUGCCCAAGCGGCGACGCCAGAAGGGCUCUGAAAACGGAGAGGGUGGCAGCUACCCAGAGCAGGGAGAGACCAGGAAGGCCGACCGAGACUCUUGGAGGUCCAACAAGGUGUACACGGAAGAACAGGCGGCCAGUGACGCCCGCGACAAGGCCAAAGCCAGCAGCAGGGGUUUCGGAGGCUUUGGCCGCUCCCUGCCUCCCAGACUCGAUACUGGCAGGGGCUACAACACCAGCCGAGGGUUCAACAACGGCUCCAGAGACAUCUCCACCUGGAGAGGACGGGGGACUCAGUUUGGCAGUGGCGGUGGGCCCAUGCAGGAGAACGGCUACGUCUUGGGCACCGAGACCUAUCCCAGGAGACCACCUGCAGAGCGUGAGCCCCUCAAAUACACCCCCAAGUUUACUGGCUCUACUGGUUCCUUCAUGGAGAACGGCGCUGAGGACCGCAGCGGGGAGGGUGAGUACUACAUAGACAGCGACAACCCUGGACAACAGCCAUUGAGAAGACGGAGGCCACCGCGCCAGGACAAGCCCCCGCGUUUCCGCCGACUACGUCAAGAGAGAGAGCCUGGCAGUGGCCAGUGGACCAGCGAUGAGUACAUCAAUGGAUCAGAAGGAUUCGCGAACCCCUGGCCGAGCCGCUCCAAGGAGGGAGGUAAAGAGGACGGCUGGUCCAGUGGCCACUACUCCGGAGUGGGGGGUAGGUCCGGUGGUCAGCACGGCCAGGCGGAGGACUGGGAGACUGGCUCAGAGAACAGCGACUUCAGUGACUGGAGGGAGAAGCGUGGGGGAGGGCAGCAGCAGCAGCAGACACACGGGGGAGAUGUGCACUCAGACUCAGGCCACGGGGAUCCUGGGUCUGGAGAGAAGAGGGAGCUGGCCAAGAGGAGUUUCUCCAGCCAGCGCCCCCUGGUGGACCGGCAGAACAGGAAGGGCGAGGUGGAUGGGAACAAGAUGACACGCUCUUCAGAGAAACCUAACACUCUGCCCUCCUGUAACAGGAAUGACGGCUGGCCGAAUGGAGGGUCCUCCAACCAUAAGAGCAGGAGCCCAGAGGAGUCAGGCCCAGUCUACAAUGUUGAGCAGUCUGAGGAGGGCCACCAGGCAAACGAACCCUCGGGGAAGAAGCUGGACAAGGAGCUGAAGCCCAGGUCUGUGAAGGGAGACCUGGCCAAACCACUGUCUCAGUACGACCUCAACAGCUACCCCAUUGAGGGGGAUUCUGGGUGUCCUAGUCCAGAUGGGUUCCAAGACCUGCCCAAGAAACAGCUGCGGCGCCCACAGGAAGACGACAGAAGGAGAAAGGAACAAGGAGCUCCUGUUACAGUAAAAAACAGACCGAUCACCUCCAAGAUGCCCCCGCGGUUUGCCAAGAAGCAGGGGGGCAUGACCAUUGAUCAGCCAGAAGAGGGACUCUCUGCCAACAACCUGGGCACAGAUAUCUGGGAGACUAACAGCUCAGCUCUCUCAAUCCAGUCAUCUGGAGGAGAUUCGUGGACCAAGCAGGUCUCCUUCACAGGCAGCGAGCCCAACUCGGAGGAUUCUGACGCGGGCCCUGAGCAGAGCAAGGAGCAGCACAAGCCCGGUCCCAUCGGCAACGAACGUUCACUCAAGCACCGCAAGGGCUCGGAGGGUGUGGAGCGUCUGGAGGGGAGGCCCAUCACUCCCGUCAACGGCGUGGACCUCCACGUGGACACGGUGCUGCCUGUGCCACCCAUCGAGUUUGGUGUCAGUGCCAAGGACUCUGACUUUAGUCUGCCACCCGGUUCCACCCCAGUGCCCGUGUCCAACCCUGUCACCAAGCUGCAGGACGCCCUCGUUAGCAAUCCGGCCCUGACCCAGGCCAUUCCCAUGCUGCGUAGAGACCACCUGCAGCCUGGCAUCAACCUCAACCCCAUCUCUUUCCCCAGUGCUGACCUCACACUCAAGAUGGAGUCGGCCCGUAAGGCGUGGGAGAACUCCCAGUCUCUCCCCGAGCAGGGCUCUCCUGGUGGGGGUGCCUCUGGCGCCCAGCCCCCUUGCAGCGUGGGCUCCUCCAGUGGGGUGAGCUACAGCUCUUUCGGAGGGGUGUCCAUGCCCCCCAUGCCCAUUGCCUCCGUGGCGCCUUCCAUGUCCAUGCAGGGUAACCAUGUCCCCCCGCUGUAUCUGGACGGCCAUGUCUUUCCCAGCCAGCCUCGGCUGGUGCCCCCAACCAUGACCCAGCAGCAGAGCUACCAACAGGCGGCCGCGGCUGCCCAGCAGAUCCCCAUCUCCCUACACACCUCUCUGCAGGCCCAGCUCGGUCUCCGGGGAGGCCUUCCCGUCUCCCAGUCCCAGGAGAUGUUCAACUCCAUUCCCUCCUUCAGGUCCCAGGUGUACAUGCAUCCCAAUCUGUCUCAGCCUAACCCCAUGGUGCUGUCAGGCGGUGGCCCCCUGAAGGGGCCCUAUUCGGCCUUCCCGGGCAUGCAGCCAUCGGACAUGGUCAAGCCCCAGUCGGGCUCCCACUACCAGCCCAUGAACGGCAGCCAGGCCAUGGUCUACGACGGCCAGAUGAACCAGGGCCCUGGCAUGAGCUCCUCCCAGCUCAUGGACUCCCAGCUCAUCCAGGUGACCAUGCCCUUGCCGGGCUCCCAGCUGCGAUAUGGCUCUGCCCAGCAGCACCUCAUCCUGCCCCAAUCCAUCCAGCUCCAGCAGGGCCAGAACCUCUCCGUCGGAGCUGCCCGCAGGAUGCUCCCCCCUGGCUCCCAGCCCCCUGUCAUGACCGGCAGUAGAGAGAAUUUCCCAAUGUCUACCGGUCCGUAUACUACUUACAAGACCUCCCAGAUGGAAAAGAUAGGCUUCCAGUUCUCUGACAAGCCCAAUCACUCCCAGGGCAUGCCUGGAGGAUACAACAGACCAGGGUCUGCCAGCCCCAGUGGGAAGCAGUCUGGCCCCGUGGGCCCUCUGCCUGGGCAUUACAACCAGCAGAAGACCUCAUCCAUGCAGGCCGUUCAGCAGCGAGGCUGGGCUUGCAGUGGCCCUGGCCUGACCUGUAGUUGCUGCUACAGAGACCCGGCCACCGGCUGGUAUGAGGCCCUGCUGUGCCCCCUACACGGCAAGGUCCCCCCUCCCCAGGGCAGCAUGGUUAUGCACAUGCGUCCCCCUACCACCGGCCCCUUUCCCACCCCCAUCCAGAGACCUGUCAUGCAGGUCAACAAGACAGUCAUCAUCCGCUCCCCCCCUUACCCCAAUCCCGGGCGCGAGCCACCCCACUCCAGCCCCCCCUCGGCCCCUGAGCCCACUGUCAAAGGGCUGGAGGAUGGCAUGAAGAGUAAAGCCCUGCGAAAUGAGCGCCAGCUGGUGGGUGAGGGGAAGGCACUGUCGUGGGGCCUGAUGACCAGCACACUCCAGGAGUCCCUUCCCGGCUGGCAGGGCAAACCAGCACCAUGCACCUGAGCCAUCAAACCCCAGGCUGUCAAAGUGGAGGGCAAGGCAUGGCAAUGGACCUUCAACCUCCACCCAACCUGCCCCUGGAAGACACAACCCCGUGCACCCUCUUUCGAGCCACCUACCAGCCUCUAUUGCCAACCCCCAGAUCGGGCGCCAAACUAAGGAGCAAGCAGGCAUACUGUACCAACUCCCCAAACUAUCAGAACCGGACACUUAUUAUUAUUAAACAGUGUGUGUGUGUGUGUGUGUGUGUGUGUGUGUGUGUGUGUGUGUGUGUGUGUGUGUGUGUGUGUGUGUGUGUGUGUGUGUGUGUGUGUGUGUGUGUGUGUGUGUGUGUGUGUGUAAGCAGACUCAUGGUUCUCCUUAUUUAUUAACAUUGUCCUUUUUCGAGAGAAGAACGGUAACAAAAAAACAUCUGAAAUAAAUGCACGUUUUCUGUGUUGCUCUGCAUCCAAAAAAGGAAACGAACAGCUCCUGCAGAUAGUUCACACCUAGUUCACCCCGUUUUUGCCACACUACUUUUUUGGACUAUAGCCCAGUAGAGGAGGCAGACACUUGACAUGUCACCACAAGAAAUCAAAUCUGUAAGCGUAAAAAACAAAUGUCCUUUUCCUUCACUUUUUGAAGAUUUUUGCUGGUAGUUUUAAUUUUUUUUUUUUUAAGUAAUCAUCGCCUGUUUGCUCUAUUGUUAAAGGACUUCAAAGACAGAUUUUAAGGACAUCAUUGUGUGUAAACAUGGAAAGGUGUGAAUUAGGGCGUGUCGCCCUCAGAGACCCCUGGGGUACUUCACACAGCUCGUGAACUGUGACAAAACUGCUUCGAUUUUUAGAAAAUGUUUCCGUUAUUUUUUUUUGAAUGCUGUUUCUUUUGCUUUUGUUUUGUCUCUUCUCUCUCUCUCUCUCUCUCUCUCUCUCUCUCUCUCUCCUAUGUGUUUUUGUAAACAGAAGCAAAAACUAGGACAUUUUUAGAGAAAUCAUCAUCUUGCCUCAUUUGAAGCUAUCCUAGCGUUGAUGCAGUGUGUGCAUGUGAUGUGCUGAAUGUGUGUUAAUCGUAGAGCCUAAUUCAGGACCCUAAUUCAGGACCCUAUCGCAACAUUUCAAAAGACAGCAGACACUGCUGCCGUAGUGUGAGGUUUUGAUCAACCGAGCUGGCAAAAAAUGUUGUUUAUUCUAUAGUGUUAGGGAGUAUCUAUAGUGUUUGGGAGUGACGACGGGCUUCAAUGACUUACUGUACGAUCUCAACAGCUGAUUGAAAUGUUGCUUUUUAUUGCUAUCCUUCUGGUUGUAAUGAGUUGCUGAAAUCUGAAUUCACAUCUGAUACAUGUCAAGUGCUUUUAUAUUCCCUCUCCUAUAGUGUUUUUGCUUUUGCUCCUAGAGCUAUUUAACACUUCUCUAUUGUUUGUUUUUUUGAACACAACUCGGUGGAAAGGUGGAGGGGUUAGUGAAGGAAUGAGUAGGCACACCUCUCUAGUGAACAUUCAGCACCAUGUAAGGCCUCUGGGGUGGCGCUAGCAAUAAACGCAGCCUAACUCUCAAUCAGGGUCCAAAUAUCUAUUUUUAUGUUAUAAUUUCACGACAAAAGAGGGUGUUUAGAAUUGCUUGAUGAAUUGAUGUACUUUCUUCGCGUAGGUUUUUUGGUGAACGCUGCAGUUGUUUUGGGCUCUCUGAAGAAGGAAAUAUUAAAGCAUUUUUGUUAGAAAAAUAAUAUGAACUGUUGGCAUCUGUGAUUUUAAAAAAAAAAGGGGGCACUCAUUUUGAAACUUACUAUUCCAAUGUCAUAACUGGUUAUAAAUGUUUCUGCGUAUUAAUGCUCCAUGACACUACAAAAUGUUCAGACUCGUCUUUUAUGGCAGUUUCACUGACGUCUGUACAUGAUGCAUACCUGUUCAACUAUAUUCAGAGUUAUGGUCAGUCGGGGAGGGUGGGAGUCUAAAAUCAUGUUUGAGUCAUGUAUUGUAUCACUAAUAAAAGGGUAAGUGUUUCAAAGGUCACUAUGAUGUUCUCACAGGGUGGACUGCUUUCACUUGUGGAUUGGCUUAUUGCCCAUCUCUACUGUGCUUUUUGGACAGACUGGAAGGUGUACACUGAAACGUCUUAUACACACAUGAGAAACUUAAUUUGGUUUCCGCCUGCUCUCGUCUUCACUCAUUACUGUACCUACACCAAGAUAUCGUCCUGAUGCUUUUUUUGUUGGUACUUUUAGGAUACAUAUUUCAUUUGUCAGAGGACCUGUUCACUCUGGAACUGAUCAUACUGUAUUUAUCCUACCUGAUGUUUAUCCUUUCAGAUAUGUGAUCAUAAUCGCCCUUUCCUUAUUGAGAGAAAAAAUAAAGCAGUUGUGCUUUUUCAAAA